AUGAGGACCAAUUAUCGCAGAAGAGGCUAUAACAGGGGUGAAGUCAUCCGCCAGUGCCUCGAGGCGCUAAUCUCUGCAAAUCAAGAUCCAGGUGCUAACGCAGGCGCCGAGAGGGUGGACAAGAAGCUCGUCGAUGGACUCCAGAAAGCCGAUUCGGAGAUCGACUGGAAGUUACGCAGCGCAGACGCUAAAGACGGGUCAUACUAUUCGGAUGAUAAUUUGAGCUUCGAAGAGGUCAUUCGCAAAGCAAGGGAGAUGGAGCGCAAGCAGUCCGCGUGA